AUCGAUCUUGGUGAUGAAUUUGGUUUCAUUUUAGUAAACAAAGGUUAAUCAGUUGAGAGUUAAGAUUAACAUGAUUAUUAGUUUGUUUUAUUUUUGUGUUACCGUUAAAUUAGUUAAUGUUUAACUUUAAGAUCAUCAAUCGACCUCUUUUGUGUUUAUAUCACUGGCAGAAAGGUAAGGUAACUUCGGAAAAUAAGACAACAACAACUGUAGAUCAACAUUCAACCAUGGAAGCAAAAUUUUCCCAUAUAUCGACAAUGGCGAGUUUUGUUGAGUUUUUUCAAAAAGGCAGAACUUUUCGACCAAAGAAAAAAUUUGAACCCGGUACUUUACGUUACUCUUUACAUAAACAUGCCCAUGCAUCAUUAAAUUCAGGAAUAAAUUUAGUUGAAGCGGUUAAAUUACCACCAAGAGAAAAUCUUUCCGAUUGGAUUGCUGUACACGUUGUCGAUUUUUUCAACCGAAUCAACCUAAUUUAUGGUACAAUAACUGACCAUUGUACAGAGGAAACAUGCCCAAGAAUGUCGGGUGGACCUAAAUUUGAAUAUCUUUGGGCUGAUGGUAAAAAGUUUAAGAAACCGACACCACAACCAGCACCCAAAUAUGUUGGCUUUCUAAUGGAUUGGACGGAAGCUCAAAUUAACAAUGAGGACAUUUUUCCCGUUAAAACCGAUGUACCUUUUCCCAAAAAUUUCAUCCCAACCUGUAAGAAAAUAUUAACUCGAUUGUUUCGAGUAUUUGUCCAUGUGUAUAUUCAUCAUUUUGACCGUUUGGUAGCCAUCGGUGCGGAAGCUCAUGUUAAUACUUGUUACAAGCACUUCUAUUAUUUUGUCACGGAAUUUGAUCUGGUUUCAGAGAAAGAAUUUGAACCUUUGACUGAAUUAACUCGCAGAAUUUGUCAUCUAUCAUCACCCAGAACCUAUGGUAAUCAUCAGAGAUAAAUAAAUACAGUGACAACAACAAAAGUGUUUCCUGUUGAUUAAAUUUAACAAUAAUAAUAAUCCAACUCUAAUUCAGUUCAUCAUCAACCUCAUCAUUUGUGGUCAAAGAAUUACCUUGAUUGUAAUCAAUUUAUCUCGCUCUUUGACUGGGCAUAGUUACUGACAAAAAGCAAUCCAUUGAAAUCAAGUCAUCUCUAAACACCAAUCAAUUUAUAUUUACGUAUCAUAAUUAUCAUGGAUCACGGUGCAAACCAAAUCAAUUUCAUCUUCAAUGGAUAAAUAUUAUAUAUACGCUGCCCCAUCAUCAUCUCCAUCAUCAUCUUCCCAUCAUCAUCAUCAUCACCAUCAUCUUAAGUAAUAAUAUAAUGACAAUAAUGUAAUAAUUGAUACCAUUGAUGAUUUCCAGCAAUCAAUUGACUUACAAAAAUCCUAACAAUUGGAAUCAAAUUUAACCAAAUUUGAUGAAAAUGAUUUACACAUUUUCAUUAAACAAUAUAAUUGAUAACAAAAUCAGUUAAUAGCUAAUUAAUUCUGAUUAUGGUUAGAAUUGUAAUAAUGAGAAAAGUAAUCUAAUCAUUUUUACAAAUUUCAUCGAAACAUGAUCAAUAUAUAUUUAAGUGAAUCAUUUAUUUGGUCCUAUUGGUCAAAUUUAAUCACAAUUUCCAAUGAUUCUGCUAAAUUAUGUAAUGUUAAUCAUUAAUUGUAAAUGUAAACAGCAAAAAGUAACUUAUCAAUCUAUUGGAAAUGAUUAAAAGUCACUCAGAACAA